CCUCCGCCUGCAGACUGCUUAUCGUGUUGAGACGCCUCCUUGUCUUUGUUUCUUCCAGCUGGGAAAAACUAGCUUCUCCAGAUACAUACAAUAUUGAACAGAAGCUGAACAUACAUAAUUCCAAGAGGGAUAUUCUGGGAGCAAUCGUGAGGAUUUUUACAAAGUUCACAAUCUAAAUGUCCUACUGAAACAGUCUGUAUUGAUGGAGUCUCCGGAGUUUUCCCUGCUGUCUUCUUUGAGGGGGGAGUUUAAAUCAGAGGAUUACAUCCAACCCCACUAUAAGGAGUCAUAUCGCUUGGCAGUUGAUCACCUGGUGACUGGUGGCAGAGACAGUUACCUGGAGUUCCUCAAGGGAGAACGUAUCGGGAACUUCCUCUCAGAGGAAGAGCUUGUCUUCAUCACUGAGAACGCAGAAAAGCUCCCACAUCAAAACAAUGCAGAGGAAAUCAAUGGACCUGACUGUCCACAGGACAAUCAAUCAUCCUCAGGGACGUAUUGGCCCAUCCACUCAGAUGUGGACACACCAGAUUUGGAAUUGGGGUGGCCGGAGAUCAUGCAUGAAAAACUACAGACAAAUAUAGAUCUGCUCUUUCAUCCACCGAGACUAAACAACCCCACCAUCAAAGAGGUGAUCCGAAAGCAAAUUCAGCAAGCUAGACAGGUCAUUGCCAUUGUGAUGGACAUGUUCACUGAUGUCGACAUAUUCAAAGAAAUUGUUGAUGCAUCCAUACGAGGAGUCGCGGUCUACGUGCUGUUGGAUAAUUUCCAUUUGAAAAGCUUCCUCACAAUGGCUGAAAAUCAGGAUGUAAAAAUUCAACAACUCAGAAAUAUGAGGGUGCGCACUGUGAAAGGUCAGGAUUACCUGUGUCGAUCGGGUGCUAAAUUUCAUGGGGCAAUGGAGCAGAAGUUUCUUUUAGUCGACUGCCACACAGCCAUUUAUGGCUCAUACAGCUUCACUUGGUCAUUUGAGAAGAUCAAUCUGAGCAUGGUGCAGGUCAUCACAGGCCAUCUGGUGAAGUCCUACGAUGAGGAGUUUCGAACACUAUACGCCCGGUCAAGUGUGCCAGCUGAACUUUGCCCCCCCGAGGGUUUGUUGCAACACAAUGGACAGAUUUUGCCAAAUUCUCAUUCUGCCCAGAAAAUUGAGCGGCGGGACCAGUUGAGGCAUACACUGGACACAGUCUAUAGGAAGACCUUUGAGAGACAACUAGGCACAAGAGACCUCGAAGAGAGGCUCUUUGAAAAGGAACCUAACAUGCAUGGGCCUUUGAUUGAAAAUGGGAUCAGCGCUCACAACCAGAUGCCCCAACUUCAGUCCACAGAGACGAUGAACUUCUUGAAAAGGCACAGCUAUGCUGGAGAGAGACAAGAUGAAUGUAUGCCACAGAAUAUCAGGCCCAGAGCGAGCAACUGGAAUAUCUCUAGACAAACAGGUAAUGGGACAAAUAACUACCCUGUGGACAAUUAUUUACAAGUGCCACAGAUACACAGAGGACAAAACAUGCGUCAGUCUUACAAUGACAACGACAAACAGGUUCAGUCCAUGCAGCAGAACAUGCCAACACUGGAAAAUACAUCCAAGGCAUUCAUGCGCACAUUGAGGAUUGAGUCUUACCUCAAUAACCCUGACGUCCCAUUCGGAGACUCUUGUGACUAUUUAGACCAGUUUGAACCUCUGGACAAAGCUAGCUCCUUCAUGCAAGGAAGAAUGAGGUCUUCCCUUGUUUUCAGGUCCACCAUACCAGAGCACACGGAGCCAAAUAGGCCGAUACACCACUCUGUUAAUUCCUCAGCAACACCAAACACUCGUUUGCACUACUCAUCCAUGCAGUGGAAUCCGACAGCAGCAGCAGCUGAUAACAGAAUGAAUAAUGAAGAGUUCAUGUUAAAGAGGCAAAGUAUGCAGAUUUUGGAUGACAGUUGGAAUAACACAAGCUAUGGUCCAGGCAGAAACUCUUACCACUCUGUGUACGCUAGCCUAGGAAGAGCUAAAGGUGGACACAUUAUCGCAAACCCUGACAACCUGACAGACAGUUGGCACAAAAGGCAUAGCGUGGCAGAUCCAAGAUCAAACACUGAGUACACACAGGAAUCCUCAGGUCACAUGUAUGGAGCUUUUGCAAAGAUGCAAGUAAAUAGAAGCUCACCAGGGAUCAAUGCACAAAAUGGAGGAUUUGGCUCAAAUUUGAAUGAAGAUCAGAGAUCUAUCUCUCAUUAUGAUGUCAAGAGUAUCGCAGCCUCAAGGAGCCCUACUUCUACUGAUUGGCAGGAGCCGCCAUCCAGGACUGUUUCUGCAGCAGCUCUGGAUUUGACAACUAAAUCCAAGAGCAUGGGCUCCCAGCAUUUUCUACAUAAGAGUUCCAAGAAGAUAAAAUCCUUUUUGAACAUACCAGAUAAAAAAGAGGAUUCAAUCAGAACUAUGGGCACACCAAGUCUGCAGUCAGGUGGCAGUACAGACACCUUAACAGCUGAGGAUGAGGAGGGCAUCUCAGAUGGACGAGUUCACCAAAGUACAACAAACUCUGCCAGGUCCUCCUCCGAGCACCAGAGGACCCAGCUAGAGGAGGACCAUCUGAAAUCUUCCAAACCUCGAUUCAGAAGUGACGAGCAGCAAUAUCUGCAGCAGAGCUCGCCCCCCAAAAUUACCAUGCAGAUGAAACCCAGCAUACUUCACAAAAGCGUGAAGACCGGUCUUGACACAGGAAGCAGGAGCAAAGAUCGAGGUGGUGAGACUCGCCUGUACAGCAGAUUUGAGCCUUUCUGCUCACUGGAAAAGAAACCUGCUCUGCGUUCUGCACACAGUUUUCAAACCACACACACUCAGGAGAAAGCUAAAACCCUUCCUAAAGGUGAGGCAGCUAUUGAACACAACCUCACCCGGGCCGCGCGAGGGCACAAUGAAAAUAAGCUGGAGAAAUUCAUUCAAAGAGUGGGACAUCUCAUACACAAGAACAAGUAGGAGAACUGUGUUAGCAUAACACAUCGCCUACAAGGGUCACAUUUUACCGGGGAUGUUUAUAUUUGUAUCCUUGGUCUUUUUUUGUGUUUACUUUAGAAAAUGUAUUAAGCAAACACUGUUUACAUUUUGUUUUGUUUGUUUUAUUGAAUACAGAUGCACUGAUCUGUACCAUUGAAAAGAGAAUAUAUUUUAUGUGAAUAAAUGCUACAGACCUUUAUAACAGGAUUUUAAAAAACAACUUUCAACCUGUCUUUUAGUCUGCCCUCAGCCCGAAGUGAUAAAUCCAAAUGCUGUCAACCAAUGUUACAGAUGUAUUAAGUAGUAGUUGUGAGGUGUGUGUGGUUUUGUGAAUGCUAUGGGGGUUGCAAUAACUUUGUAAAAUGCAUGUUGUGUUUCCAUUGUCUUUUAUUAAAUCCUUUGUAAACUGUAAACAUUGCACUGCAUUUGAAAACAUACAGUACUCUGUGAAAUCCAUCCAUCCGAGGGUUCAUUUAAUUUUAUGAACAGCGUGCAUGAAGACAAAAUUCAAUGUGCAACAUGAGCAUGAUGACAAAUACAGUACACAUGCCUGUACAGUGGCCUCAGUGGCCCCUCAGGGAUUAUUUAUGUAUAUCCUGUUUUAUUCAAGGUGAUGGACUUGUGAGUAAACAAAGAGAAACAUUUGCACACAAA